AUGAAUAGUUUAAAAAGAGUGUUUAAAGAUAACUUGGUAAUGAUUAUUGUGACUCUUUUGGUAAUGUUUUAGAAUAUCUUUGGAAAUGGUCCACAUAUUAUAUCAGGAUUGAUAGUACUAAUAUAGGUUUUAAGAAUUAUAUUAUGUUUCAACACUUAAAUCAAAGAAAAUAUUGAAUAUUUUGAUUUGUUGUAACAAUGGAGUUUGCUUUUAGCCAUAAAUCUAGGAUCUAAUUAAAGCUCUAUGUCAGUCUUAGCCUUAUGUAAUGCUAAAUAGUUGUUCAAUACAAGAAUGAAUUUAUAAACGAUAUAACUUAAGAAGUUAUUGAUUAUUCAUAAUAUAGGUUCAGACAUUCUUUUAUUUACAUUAUGUUCAAUUUAUAGUUUGAAAGAAGUUCAUCUAUCAAUAGUAACUAUUUUAAUUCAUUGGCUAAUUUUAAUUUAUAAUUCUAAGCCUAAAAAGGUAAAGAAGAACAUAGAUAGUUAUACAUAAGGUGAAAUACAUGAUAAAAUUGUAAUAGAUAGUGCAGGUCAUACAAAUAAUCAUUCAAGCGUCAAAUUCUAAUAUAAGCCUAGUCAUAAUGAUAGUCCACGAGAUAAUAAAUUAGAGAUUUUAAGUAUAUUUCCUUAAGGAAUAGGAUUAUUUAAGGUAUGUGAAAAAUAGUUGGAUUUGGAAUAUCAUAAUGAAAAUAUGUUAAGAUUAUCAACAGCAUAAACAUCUAAUGAAAUUCUUUAAAAGAUAUUUAAUUUAGAAUAACAAUAAAUAAGCGAUAUUUAAUAAAAAUAUUAAUAAGAUUAAAAAAAUUCAAUGAGUUCUUUUUCUACUUUUCAAUAAACUCCAAUUCCAUGUAAUUUAAUUAAUAAUAUUUUACGUAAUUAAAAACGAUCAUAAACAAAUUCAUAGUAUGCAUCUCAAAAAAUAGAAAUUUGUAGAUAGAAUUCUGUUUUAAGUUCUUUUGAAUAUAGAGGAGGUGUUUUUUUAAAAAAAUGUGAUACUUUAUGUGAAGAAUCAGUAUAUAAUAUAAAUAUAUUAAGAUUUUGGAAUAGGAGUUUAGAUUGUUAGCUUCACAGAUGUGUAAAAAUGAAUUCUAAAAGCAGAUGAAAUGUUAAAAUGAAUUAAUUUAGGAACAUGUAGUAGUUUAUGGAUAUUAAAAAGCUUAAGAUGGAAAUAGGAAAAGAACUAUUGAAGUUAAAUUGUAUAAUGCAUUAAUUAAUGAUACACCUUACAUUUUGAUGUUAAUUAGAGACAUAACUCAUAGAGAUUAUAUAUAAGCUCUACAAGAAUAUAGUAAAUAAAAAUCUAAAACUUUAUCUUUUGUGAGUCAUGAAUAUAGAACUCCUUUGAAUUGUAUAAUAGAAAUGUUGGAAUUUGGGAUAGAUGAAGAAUAGAAACAUUAAUCAUAAACCUUAAUUAUGGAAAAGGAAUGUAGAAGAACUAUGAAAGCAAAUUAUCCUAUAAAGAUUACAAAAUAAAUAAAGAUUGCCUUAGAUAAUGCAAAGUAUUUAUUAAAUUUAAGUGAUGACCUAUUAGAUUUAGCUUAAAUAAAAGUUGGAAAAUUUAAGAUCAACAAAGCUAAAUUUAAUUUUAAUUUAUUACUUGAGAGUUGUACAGAGCUUUUUUAGGUUACUGCAGAAAAGAAAUCAAUAAAACUAUUUAUAAAUUAUGAAAAUAAAGCUCCAAGAUUUAUUUAUUCUGAUUCUAGUAGAUUAAAAUAAAUAAUGAUUAAUCUUUUAGGAAAUGCAUUCAAAUUUACAGAUGAUGGAUCUGUUACAAUAAAAGUUUCGUUAAUAAAUACAAAAUUGGAUGUUUAAGUAAUUGAUACAGGAAUAGGUAUUACAGAAGAAGAUUAAGCUAAAAUAUUUUAAGCUUUUGGAAAAGGAAAUAGUGAAGAACAUAAAAAGAUGAAUAAAUCAGGAGUUGGGUUAGGAUUAUUGAUUAGUAAUCAAAUACUUUAAAAUUUGAAUUAAGAUUUGUAAAGUGGUCUUAAAUUUAAAUCACAAUAUAAAAAAGGUAUAUUGUUAAAUAGAAUUUUAGGUUCAAUUUUUUAUUUUCAAAUAGGAUAUUAAGAUUUUAAUGAAAUUUAAUCAUUGAAUAGUUUGGAGGAACGAAAUCAAGAAAGUGAAGAAUCAAUAAUUAUGUAAUAGUAAUAAGAGGAAAGUAUUCAUAAAGUAUAUGUUCAUAAUCAUAUAUCAAUAUUUAAAAGAUCAACUAAAGCCAUUAUGACUUUUUAAAUAUUAAUUGUAGAUGAUACUUGCAUGAAUAUUGAAAUGAUGAGAUUGAAAUUAGAUAGAUUGUAUAUUAAAUAUAAUAUUAUAAGAGGAUUUGAUUCAGUAGACUCAGCAUCUAAUGGAUAUUUAGCAAUAGAAAAAUGUGAGAAAAAAUGGUAAAUUAAUCAUUAGUUUUAUAAAUUAAUUUUUAUGGACUUAGAAAUGCCUAGUAUAAAUGGAAUUUAAACAACUUAAAAAUUAUUAGAGUUAUCCUAAAAAUUCGGAAUAAAUGUCACCAUUAUAGGAUGUUCUGCAUAUGAAAGUAAUGAAUAGAAAACUGAAUGUUUAAAAGCUGGUAUGAAAGAUUAUUUAACAAAACCAAUACAAUUAAAUGAUCUCUAAAGAAUAUUGUAGUAGUAUUUAUGA